AGUAGAGAUUACCUGUCGUUUAGCCACUCUAAAAAACAAUAACCAAUGGACGAGGUUACACAUGACAAAACUGAACUGGACUGAGGUUGCAUCUUAACGUAUUCGAGCUUCUGUGGGCUUUAUUGUUGGGCACAACACAAAGAACUGCCUGUAUUUACAAACAAAAGUGGGUUUUAGCUCACUAGAGAGAGAGAGAGAGAGAGAGUCGUUGAUACAAAAGCAACAGGAGCAGAAACAACUAUAAACUGAUCAAAUUUACUUUCGAUAAGACAAUUUCUCAAUCAAUCAAGUUCUUCUUUGCGCGAUCAGUAUUGGAUUCUAUUGUUUUGUGAUCGUCAAAGCCAAAAACUAAAUCUCAAUCGCAAUGGGCUCAUUCAGCAACUCCAACUUUGACAAUCUCAUGCUCCAAACGCUAAUGGGCCGCCUCCAAAUCCGCCCUCCAAAUGCUACAUAUAACCCCUUCCUCUCUGAGUCUCUUGAGGACCUCCUCUUUGACCGUGCCAACACUUUCUCUGAUAACUCAGAUGAAGACAUCUUUGAUACUAGAACUCAACUAUCCAAAGAAGAAUCGAAGCUUGAGAAGGAAAUUAUUCGGCUAAUUCUCUCGGGUAAGACUGAUUCGUUGAAACCUAACUCAGGCCAGGCAGUUACAAUUGGUGAACAUCACAUAUGUGUUGGGUUUCAUGAAGAGAAAGGAUCAGAUUAUAGGGUGUGGGAGUGGCAUGGACAUAUUAUGUUGUUUGAUGAAGAGAAUGGGUAUACUCCUGAGUAUAUUUAUGGAAAUUACUUUGAGAGAUUGCAGCGUAAUGAAGUUGGACGUGGUGGGAUUAGUAAGGUGGAUAAGAAAGAGGAAGAAGAGGAGGAAGAGGAGGAGGAAGAGAAGGAGGGGGAGAAAUUGGAGAAUUUGGGGCUAAGAGAGUUGAUUGAUGAUGGGGAUGCUGCUGGUGCUCGAAUUCUUCACAGGAAUAUCAAUGCAGGUUCUCCAAGGUUUAGUUGAAUGGACUUUGCAUAACUGGUUUUGGGCAUUCAAGGAGAGACUUUAAAUCAAUACCUAGGUCUGUCAAUUCUUCAGGAUCGAAGCAUUUGGCACACUACUACUGCUGCAGUUUGAGCAAUCAUUUUGGGGUCGUGUAUGGUUCCUAUGUUUGACUUUCACGAGUUAUAUUAAAUACAUGAAAUUUAUUUUUUAACAGUUUUGUUAUGAGCAGAAUAAAUGUAUACUGUUGAUAGCUGUCGGUCCCUCUCAUAUAGAUAUUACAGUUUUACCUGCAAGUUGCAAGUUGGUUUCAAGUUUAACAACUUCUUCCCAUUUGGCAGUAUGUGAUUGCUUGGCUUUCUAUGGGUUUUUUAGGCUUUCUUAAAAGUGCCUGAGCUUCCAAUUUCGAUCCUCAUUUCAUAAUUUUGUUAGUAUUGCAAGUUCUGAUAUGUAAUUGACAAUGUGUGUUUCUGUUUUUAUCGGUUUAUAUAGUUUUAUUCAGUUA